CGAAAGGAAAGAUCAGCCUGAGCCUCGAUAAUACACCAUUGCACAUUUAUUGUCGGUAGUAAAUGGCUUAAUGCUAAAUGCUGAUGGUUCCCUUGAAGUCUCCAUAUGUGUACGAGGUACUCGGGUAAUUGUUGCGACACAUAUAGCCCGAAGAUCGUUUAUUAGCUUCUUUUGUCCCGUGCUUUGCAGUUUCGGACCUUUUGUUUCGAUUCCUUAAAUAAUGAAAGUGCUUAUUCUUGGUGCGGGUUACGGCACACGGCUACAACGCGACCUCCACGCGUCGCCUGACUACAAGCACCUUCUCGGAGUACCCAAAGCACUUCUUCCACUAGGCGGUCGGGAUGCUCUCAUCACACACUGGCUUGAAUUAUUUCGCUCACACAACAUCAACGACGUAUACGUUGUCACCAAUGCCGCCACGUACGAAGCAUUUGCUGCUUGGGCCGAGCGCAACAAUGUUCCUUCCCAAAACAUUGUAAGCGAUGGCACACUUACGAACGAGACACGGCUUGGAGCUGUGCCUGAUAUUGCUUUUGGCAUACACCAUUUUGGGCUGGAGAACGAAGACGUCCUUGUGAUAGGCGGAGACACGCUGUUUUUAAACGACUUUAAGCUGAAGGAUCUCCUGGAAAAUGUGUCGUCGGGCAGUUGCUUGGUGACCACGUAUCGGGUGCCAGACAACCAAGUGCACAAGUUUGGUAUUGUAGAAACGGACGCCGAUGGUGUCAUGAAGAGCUUCUUGGAAAAACCGUACCCGCCAGAUACAGAAUCCCGUUUGGCUUGUCCUUGCUUUUAUCUAUUUGAUCGGCAGGCUUUGCCCUUGCUGGAUGCCUUUGUCGACGAAAUGAAAGACCAACCCAAAGAGACGUUUGACGCCACUGGCAAGUUCCUUGCAUAUCUGUAUCCAAGAUUUAAAGUAGUAACAUACCCAAUUUCCGGCCGCAUUGAUGUCGGAGGACUUGAGUCGUACAUAGAAGCCAACGAAUAUCUUGCUUAAUGGUUUACAGAAUAAAGACAGGGUCAGAGUAUAUUAGAUUAUUGAAAUUAUAUCACAAGAAUUUAUUGGCACUCAA